GAAAAUGUCUUCUUCCUGGCUCAAGCUGUUGGUUAGCGCCAUACUUCUGGUCCAGACACAGGCUAGCUCGCACUCCCUGCGGUAUUUCUACACCGCCUUGUCCCGGCCCGGCCUCGGGGAGCCGCUGUUCAUCGUGGUUGGAUACGUGGACGACACGCAGUUCGUGCGCUUCGACAGCGACGUGGAAACUCCAAGAGUGGAACCGAGGGCGCCAGGGAUGGAGCAGGAGGAGCCAGAGUAUUGGGAGAGAGAGACAUGGAAAGCCAGGAACACAGGGAAGAACUUCAAAUUGAACCUCAAGACCCUGCUUGGCUACUACAAUCAGAGUGACGACGAACCUCACACUCUGCAGUGGAUGUAUGGCUGUGACCUGGAUCCAGAUGGACGCCUGCUCCGUGGGUACUGUCAGGAGGCCUAUGAUGGCCGGGAUUAUAUUUCCCUGAACGGGGACCUGUGCUCCUGGACCGCAACUGACGCGGCCUCUCAGAUCUCUCAGCGCAAGUCAGAGGACACAGACGAGGCUGACCAAAUGAGAGCAUACCUGCAGGGCCCCUGCAUAGACUGGCUCCAUAGAUACCUGCAGCUGGGGAACUCGACCCUGCUGCGCUCAGACCCCCCAAAGGCACACGUGACCCAUCAUCCUGGACCUAAAGGUGAUGUCACCCUGAGGUGCUGGGCCCUGGGCUUCUACCCUGCUGACAUCACCCUGACCUGGCAGAGGGAGGAGGAGGAACAGACUCAGGACAUGGAGCUGGUGGAGACCAGACCUUCUGGGGAUGGAACCUGCCAGAAGUGGGCAUCUCUGGUGGUGCCUUCUGGGGAGGAGCACAAAUAUACAUGCCAUGUGUACCAUGAGGGGCUGCCUGAGCCUCUCACCCUGAGAUGGGAGCCUCCUCAGUCCACGGUCCCCAUCAUGGCAGUCAUUGCUGGUCUGGUUCUCCUUGGAGCUGUGGUCAUUGGAGCUGUGGUGGCUGUUGUGAGGAAGAGGAGGAGAAACCCAGGUGGAACAGAAGGGAACUAUGCUCCGGCUCCAGAUAAGUGUGGGGUGCAGGAUUGUUCCUGAGACCCUUGGAAUGUAUUUGGAGCUGGUGGACAGCUCAGCCAGCCCCUAAUUCCUCCAGCCUCAUCCUCUCAGU